AACGCACUUCAGACGAGCAAGCCCCCGAGAGGAAGAUGAAGGCGCUCCUGCUCCUGCUCCUGGUGGCCGUGGCCUCCGCUAAAGUCUUUAACCGAUGUGAAUGGGCCAGAGUGCUGAAGAGGAACGGGAUGGACGGAUACGGCGGAUACAGCCUGGCCAACUGGGUUUGCCUCACCCAGUGGGAGUCGAGCUACAACACCGCGGCCACCAACUCCAACAGGAACGGCUCCACAGACUACGGCAUUUUCCAGAUCAACAGCCGCUACUGGUGCGAGGACCACAAAACACCGCGGAGCUCCAACGGCUGUGGCAUCCAGUGCAGCGAGCUGCUGACGGACAACGUCUCUGUCGCCAUCCGCUGCGCGAAGCGUGUGAUAAGGGAUCCUAACGGCAUCACGGCAUGGGUGAACUGGAGUCGUCACUGUGCCAAUCGGGACCUGAGCUCGUACACGGCCGGAUGUUCACUUUAACUCCCCGCCAGCGAAAUUCAAUAAAAGCUUUUGGUGUCGAACUGAA